UUUUAUAAAAGAGUGGGGCAGUCUUUUUAUAUUUUAGGCAGAUAUAUUAUUUAUCAAUAACAACUCUUAGUCAGUGACCAUUAUAAACAGUCAAUCUUUUGAAAUAUAAGUCAACAGAUGUUAUCCGGAACUCGGCAAAUUUGGGGUUUUUCUGGGCUAAUCCCCCGAUACAAACAAACUUUAACUGCUAUAGCUUCACGGUGCACUACCGGUCACAAUAGAUUAGUCAACCUGUUGCGCUUUUUUUCGAAACUGUAACUGUAAAAGUUUGUCUGUACCCCCAGAAAACCCCAGGCAAGUCUAUUCAGCUCAACUUGGCAAUGAAAAAUAAUCAUAAUGUCACAUGAUGGAAUUGUACGGCGGUUUCCAAAUAACGUUAUAUAAAGGUAAAAUAAAACAAUUUAUACAAAAAGAAAUAAAUCAAAGAAGCCGAGGGCAAUAUGUAAAUGACUUGUUAUCACUUAGAUAUUAUGAUGUGUAGUGUAUCUUAUCGUCGACAUUUUAUCAAACAUUGAGGUAGAAAAAUAACAUAAUUAAUUUGCCCUCGAGACAUUUAAGUUAAAUAAUUGUUUCCAAUUUAGAAAAAUAAUUUCCCAAUGACCUCCAAUGAACUGCAAAACGGAAAUGAAUUGUCUACUAUAAGCAAUUUAUUAGAUACAAUUUAGAAAUGUUCGUUUUUUCAAAUACGUUACCCUAAAAUAUAUCAUAUCUUUAGUUAUGUUGAUUACAGCGAGUAGUAAACGCUUAUUUCACUUGGCACUAAAGCUAUAUUUUGGAUGUUCAAUGAUAUUGUUUAUAUGGUAUGGAAGUAAAUUGAAACCUUUACCAUCCAAUCAGAAUGAAGUUUCUUUAAAGAGAUCGGUCUCUGUAAUGCUAAGAAUAUCAAUGCACGAGAAAAAGGACGAUUUAAACACCAAAAAUUAUUCGAUAACCCAAAAAUCUUUCUACAACAAGAACAUUUCCAACGGUGCAAAUGACGGUAACCUUGAAGAAGAAAUGGGAGAAAAUCUUGAAGAUUAUCCAGAGAAGGUGAUUGAUGUAUAUCCCGAUAAUUCAAAUGAUUCUCGUGCAGAUCUUAAAGAAGAUGUGAACCACGAAGAUAUCCUUACAGGAACUAAUUCCACAAAGAAAGAAAGACUGAUCAAAUGGCGUAAAUUGAUAAAAGAGCAGGUCGCUUUGUAUAAUCAUUCAGUUGUAUUUAGAGCAAAAACUGCCGACGUGUUUUACAUAUCUGCUAUUUCUUCUCACAUGCGUGGAGACGUUACUAAUGAAGUAAGAGAUAACUCAAUAACGCAUACAGUUACAGUAAAUGGUUGGAAAGGAAAAAAGGCGAAGACGGGAAAACUAUUUUGUUGUUUCAAAGGUAAUAAUUCAACAUCCAUCAACGAAGUAUCUAAAAUAAACUACUGGGAUGUCCCUGAUAUAAAGAUAGUUCAAGCAGUUCAGUACCAUUGCAAUAUGUCUGAAGUUCCAUUCAAAGGAAAACAAGUUUAUGUAGGAUUGAAUGAAAAACCAACUUGUCAAAAUACCGAAUACAUUCAAGUUGAACCGGAACACAAUCCACCUUCUCAGAAAAAUGUCUCGUUCGCUGUGUGUGCAAAAAUUGUUUAUGGAAACUUUUCAGCUCUAAGAUUGAUGGAAUGGUUCGAGGUCAAUAAAGCGUUCGGAGUGGAUAAUAUUUCUUUAUUUACGUAUAAUGUUACCAAGGAGAUGAUAAAUGUGUUAAACCAUUAUCAAAAUGAAGGAUUUCUACACGUGAAAGAGUUUGAUUUUCCAUUAAAAUCGCGAUUUCCACGCUUUCUUGGCCAGAAGUACAUGAUGGCGUAUAUGGAUGAACAAGUAACGGUGUUUGACUGUAUCCAAAGGUUUCGACAAUACACAUACAUAGCUAUUAUUGAUGUUGAUGAAUUCAUCAUGCCUAAAUUUGGACAAACAAGCUAUAAAAUUAUGAUGGAAAAACUGUUGGGAGAGUACAAGAACGCUGCAGGGUUCACUCUAAUGACCUCUCUGUUUGUAAUGGAUUGGAAUAAAACCUUCCAGAACGCCGAUUUUACAAUUGGGGCUUAUACAUUGAGAACACAUCCUAUCUGGGAUAGACGAAAGAGUAUAUUAGUAACAGAAAGAAUAGACCUGUCAUCCGUCUGGACUCAUGGUUUCCACAGUUUGAAAGACUAUAAUCGGGUACCUUUGUUUUCGAAAUCUGCUGUGAUAUACCACUACCGGAAGUGUCGGUCACAAUGGAUAGCAACUGACACGUGUUUCACCAACCGACGCAAAUACAAAGAUGCUACUAUGAAAGUGUAUUUAGGCAGAAUCAGGGAUAAACUUUUAGAGAUGAAAAAAACGUUACAUCUUUCUUAGUAUAUAUUUACUAGUAUUUAUGUAUAGAGUUCUAUCCAGGCGUUUAAGUACUCAUAAUAGAACAGUCUGCAAAUUGUAGACAAUAUAUUAAACAUAUAAGUUAAAGAAUUGUUCACAUGUUGCAUCUGUCAUACAUGUAUAUCGCUAUGUUUAUUUGCAUUACAUUAAUGCAUUAUUUAUAUCUUAAAGUAUCAUUAUUUUGAUAAUUAAAAGCGUUUAU